UGUUUCCAAUGAUUGGAAGCACACAGUCCAUCGUUUCUGCCUCAUUCAGUCCUCUCCCACUGCAGAGCAAACAUGAGCUUGUGCGCUGUGUUGCUCCUUGUGCUUGUCGCUCAGACCUUAGCUGCAGACGAGUCAUGCAUGGGCCGCUGUGAGAACGGCUUUGACUCGGAGAAGAAGUGCCAGUGCGACAGCAUGUGCAAAUACUACAAGAGCUGCUGCAUCGACUUUGAGCCCAUUUGUGGCAUGAUGACUCGUGGCGAUACAUUUGAGUUGGCGGAAGACGACGAAGAUGAUCUUGAUAGCACCGUGCCAUCCACGUAUGAGCUGCCUUUUAUUAGUCCCACUCCACCGUCCAUCUCUGACUUUGCAGAUAAACCAGAAGUCACAUUAGUCAUGAAUAAACCUCCACCAAGAUCUCCAAGAACCACAGUGUCACCUUUGGUAAAGCCCCCCAAUAGCACCAAGGACAGUGUUACAGCGAGGCCUCCAAGACUCACCAUCCCACCCACAGUGAAGCCCCCCAGUAGCACCAAUAUCGGUAACGCAGCAGAUCAGACAACCGAACCUGCAACCACACCUGGCACCACUGCGGCUCCUGACCCUGACGCUGAGACGUGCAGCGGCAGGCCCUUUGACGCCUUUAUGCAGUUAAAGAAUGGCUCCAUCUUUGCCUUCAGAGGUGAGUACUUUUUCGAGCUGGACCAGAAGACUGUACUUCCUGGCUAUCCCAAGCUCAUAAAAGACGUGUGGGGCAUCGACGGGCCCAUCGACGCCGCUUUCACCAGGGUCAACUGCCACGGGAAGACAUACAUAUUUAAGGGGAACGAGUACUGGAGAUUUGACAAUGGUGUACUGGAUGAAGACUACCCCCGGGCGAUCAACGUUGGCUUCGACAGGAUUCCAGAUCACGUGGACGCGGCCUUCGCCCUCCCAGCUCACAACUACAAUGGCAGAGAGAGGGUGUAUUUUUUCAAAGCGGACCAGUAUUACAUCUAUGAGUUCUUGCACCAACCGUCCCACGGGGAGUGCAUCACCAUGUCCGAGAGGUCUCCAUCCACGCUGUUCACACGCUACACCAACAUGUACUCCAGAAACUAUGAGGAGUUUUUCGGUGAUCUCUUCUCAGACAUGCCUCAGCAUAGCAGCCAUUACCACUUCAUUGACAAAGACUGGAAGGGUCUCAAGUCACCGGUGGAUGCUGUCAUGGCUGGCCGACUCUACGUCCCUCCACGCCGACUCCAGCCGGACCGACAAUGGGGCCUGUACCAGCAGUAUGGACAGCAGUACAAUCAGCAGUACGGUCAGCAGUACGGUCAGCAGUACGGUAGGCAGAGGGGGCGAAGGAGGUGGAAUCGCUCACCCGUCUGGGAAUCCCUGGCUGAGCGGGGUAUGAGCAUGGGACAGCAGUUUGCAGAGAGAGGGAUGGACAUGGGCCUGAGACUUGCUGAGAGGAGGAUGGAGAUGGAGGAGAGGCUGGGACGAGACUGGAGCCAAAGCUGGGAUCAGGACUGGGACCAGGACAGGCGCAGGGGUGGCUACCGGCAAAACAACAGAGGCAACUACGACUCCAGAAGCAGGAAUGACAGGUCCUACGGGAGGAGGCUGCCUGUACAGACCGUCUACUUCUUCAAAGGAGAUAAAUACUACAGAGUUGACCUCAGUACCAAGAGAGUGGACCCGGCCCUGCCUCCCUAUCCAAGACCCAUCGCCAAGUAUUGGCUCGGCUGCACUGACACCAAAGGGGCUGAGAAAUAAACUGAAUAGUUUUUAGGGUGGACAUUCGCACUAGGUUUGGAGCACAUGGGAUCAGUGUUACGCACAACUAGCAUGCUUGUCAUCUUGAGCAAAUAUUGAAGAAGUACAAAGUCUUGCUGACCGGCUUUGUUUACUACCAUUACCUAAUGAUAUUACAGCGCAAAUGUUUCAGGGGUACUGUUUCAAAUUCAAAAUUGUUAAAGACUGAAAUCACCUGUAAUCGUGCCAUUCACAAUCUACACAGCAGUUACUAAUAGUUUAUGGUCAUUUUGUCAUAUCAUUCCAAUUUACCGGUACUCAUUUAUGCCACACCAUUAUGUGGUAAAUUACAAAGGAACUGUCAUAUAAGCUUUUUACUUUUUCAUUAACACAUUUCUAAACUUUUUAUUACUGUAUAAUAAUAUAUAUCAGUUUCAUGAAUGCAUUUAUUUGGGGGGCAGGGCAUAUACUUCUGCCUUAUAAUGAGAAGCGUGUUGUCUGUCCAUUUAGAUUAACCAAUGAGGUUCAUUGGCCGAAAUAGGGUUGCAAAAUAUUAAGAUGAAAAUAUGUGGAUGUAAUCCUGCAACAAUAUCUAUAGGAGAAAUGAGUUGUGGGUUGUUGUUUUUAAUUAACCACUGGGCCACCUUUACUAAUAUUUAUCUGUAACAAAUAAAGACAUUACUUCGCUGCA